AUGACGAGAUCUGUCUUCUUCUUCUUCUUCUUUUUCUUUUUCGUCUUCUUUUUCUUCUUUUUCUUCGUCUCAUUCUUUUUAUUCUUCUUCCUGUUUUUCUUCUUCAUCUUUCUUCUUUUUCUUUUUCUUCCUCUAUUUCUUCUUCCUCUUCUUUUUCUUCGUCGUUGUCGUCUUCUUUUUCUUCGUCUUAUUUCCUUUACUUUUUCGUCUUCUUUUUCUUCUUCUUUUUCUUCGUCUUAUUCUUUUCCUUCUUCUUCAUCUUCUUUCUUUUUCUUCUUCUUAUUCCUUUUCUUUUUCGUCUUCUUUUUCUUCGUCUUAUUCUUCUUCCUGUUUUUCUUCAUCUUCUUUCUUAUUUUUGUUUUUCUUCCUCUAUUUCUUCUUCCAUUUCUUUUUAUUCUUCGUCGUCUUCUUCUUUUUCUUCGUCUUAUUCUUUUUCUUCUUCCUGUUUUUCUUCGUCUUCUUCCUUUUUCUUUUUCUUCUUCUUUUUCUUCCUGCAUUUCUUCAUCCUUUUCUUUUUCUUCGUCGUCGACUUCUUUUUCUUCUUUUUUUCUUCUUCUAUUUCUUCUUCCUUUUUUUCUUCGUCGUCGUUGUCUUCUUAUUUUUAUUAGUCUUAUUCUUUUUUCUUCUUCUUUCUGUUUUUUCUUCUUCCUUCUUUUUCUUCUUCUUCUCCUUCUUUUUCUUCUUCUUUUUCUUCCUCUAUUUCUCCUUCUUUUUCUUUUUCUUCUUUUUGCUUCUUUCGCUUUAUUCUUCUUCUUUUAUGUCCGUGGGCGAUCAUGGCUCUCCACAAUUUUAAUAAUUCUUUGUAGGUUUUAG